UAUCUAUGAAUUACAACUGGAAGAAUUGGAUAGCAGUUUUUUGCAAACAGACUAAUGGCUGCUGACCAUUUGCAAGAGUUUCCAGAGCGAGGGUCAUACAUGCGGCCUUUAACUUUUGGCCUGUGCACGGAGCACCAGCGCUCACCAUUUAGAGAUGCACUUAGCCUCCACUUUGAGCAGACUUACUUAGAGCCGGUCUACAGUCACAAGUACAGUGGGCGCUUCUCCUACUUGCACUUCCCCAAACACCUGACCACGUACGACUUUUCCUUUGAACCAGCGUUUAUCCGUAAACGCAACGAGCGUGAAAGGCAAAGGGUCCGUUGUGUGAAUGAGGGCUAUGCACGACUCAGAGAGCACCUGCCUCAGGAGUUUGAGGAUAAAAGACUGAGUAAGGUGGAAACAUUACGUGCAGCCAUCAGCUACAUCAAACAUCUGCAGAAUCUCCUGGAGCUCCGGCUGCCAGAUGCCAUGAUGGAGUUGUCACCCAGGAGCGAGAGAGGAACUGAAGCUAUAAGGCAGCUCACUGAGUGUAACAGUGAUGGAGAGUCUAAACACAGCUUGAGUGACAAUGGGGAACCAUGCUACUGAACAGACUGCAGCUGCUGAAAAGACUCCAUCAUAUAGAGAGCACAAACAGCAGCAUGGCCCAUAUACAGUCUAUAGUGAUGGACUAUUGUUUUGUUUUUUGUUUUUGUUACUACACAAAAAUAAAAUCUAUGGAGAGAGAUUGUUCUUAUGAUAUAUUUUGCUGGUAAUCUUAAAUAUAUUUUGUUUCAUAAUUUUAGACUAUGUUGCUAUCCAGUUGCAAGAAAAGUCAGUGAAAUUAGAAUAACAUUAAAAUCCAAUGUAGAAUAAUUUUUUUUUUUUUGUAAUAUAACAAGCACAUUGUUUUUGCAUUAGUUUCAUGUGAGUUUUCGGGAAAAUAGCAAAGAAAAGGAUCAAACUGAACUAAUAUGCAUUUUGUGGAUGUGGAUGAUUUUUUUUUAAAUGUAGUACAUUUAAA